GGGAGGAGAGAAAAAACAAACAAACAGGUGCAGGACAGGUAGCUCCUUCCUUGAAUCCUGUAGAGGAGAACAGGAUUCCUUUCCUCACUAAAGGACUCCACAGACACACGGAACGAUCACUGUAUUGUCCUUUCCAAUUUUCACGCACAAGACGGAACCAGUUGGCAAUGAAUUGAGAAAACAGCUUUGAAUGGAGAGAUAUUUUCCUCUUGGUAAAUUGUUCUUCAAGUCACAUUUGGAUGAAGGGCGAUGAAGGUCAUACAGAUAACUCCCUGGGCUGGAACAAAUGUAUUGGAGAGCUGCAUUUGAACCAAGAAGACAGAUUGCCUGAACACAGAUGAUUUUAAGAAGAUUAGAGAGCAUCUUUGUGCAGAAUUAGUAACACAUCCGGGCUUGGAAUGAGCCACGAACUGCAGGUAUUUUGUCUUCAACCCAGGUGAUGCAGGUAGUCCCUAGAAGUCGUCUCCAGCUCAGAGGUGGGGCAUACGCAGAGUCCAGGUGUGCAGUCAGAGAAACACACAGCCAUGGAUCUCAAGGUAUUUGUGCCUCUCCAUUGUUGGAAGUCGUUGCUAUUGCUGCUGGUCCUUGCAUGCUCCGAAGUAUCUUCUGAUUUGAAUGAAUCCACAAAUUCCUCCGGCCAGCAAGCCCCUGGCGCUUGGUUUGCGGCUUCCAGCUCAGAGCCAGGUGAAAGGAUAUCUGUUUUUGAACUGGAUUAUGAUCAUGUGCAAAUUCCAUACGAGGUCACCCUUUGGAUACUUUUAGCAUCGCUUGCCAAAAUCGGCUUCCAUCUUUACCACCGCCUGCCAGGCCUCAUGCCGGAGAGCUGCCUCCUCAUCCUCGUGGGGGCUCUGGUGGGCUUCAUCAUCUUUGGCACGGACCACAAGUCCCCUCCAGUCAUGGACUCCAGCAUCUACUUCCUCUACCUCCUGCCCCCCAUCGUGCUGGAGAGUGGCUACUUCAUGCCCACCCGACCCUUCUUCGAGAACAUCGGCUCCAUCCUGUGGUGGGCUGGCCUGGGGGCUCUCAUCAACGCCUUCGGCAUCGGCCUGUCCCUCUACUUCAUCUGCCGCAUCCAGGCCUUUGGCCUGGGCGACAUCAGCCUGCUGCAGAACCUGCUCUUCGGCAGCCUCAUCUCGGCCGUGGACCCCGUGGCGGUGCUGGCUGUGUUUGAGGAGGCCCGCGUGAACGAGCAGCUCUACAUGAUGAUCUUCGGAGAGGCCCUGCUCAACGACGGCAUCAGCGUGGUCUUAUACAAUAUCUUAAUCGCCUUCACAAAGAUGCAUAAAUUUGAAGACAUUGAACCUGUCGACAUUUUGGCUGGAUGUGCUCGAUUCAUCAUCGUUGGAUGUGGGGGAGUAUUUUUUGGCAUCAUUUUUGGAUUUAUUUCUGCAUUUAUCACACGUUUCACUCAGAACAUCUCUGCAAUUGAACCGCUCAUCGUCUUCAUGUUCAGCUAUCUGUCUUACUUAGCAGCCGAAACGCUCUAUCUCUCUGGCAUCCUGGCGAUCACAGCUUGUGCGGUGACAAUGAAAAAGUAUGUAGAAGAAAAUGUGUCCCAAACAUCCUACACCACCAUCAAGUACUUCAUGAAGAUGCUGAGCAGUGUCAGCGAGACCUUGAUCUUCAUCUUCAUGGGGGUGUCCACCAUUGGAAAGAACCAUGAAUGGAACUGGGCCUUCAUCUGCUUCACGCUGGUCUUCUGCCAGAUAUGGAGAGCUAUCAGCGUAUUUGCUCUCUUCUAUGUCAGUAACCAGUUUCGGACUUUCCCCUUCUCCAUCAAGGACCAGUUCAUAAUUUUCUACAGUGGUGUGCGAGGAGCUGGAAGUUUUUCUCUUGCAUUUUUGCUUCCUCUGCCUCUUUUCCCUAGGAAGAAAUUGUUUGUCACUGCUACUUUAGUAGUUAUAUACUUUACUGUGUUUUUUCAGGGAAUCACAAUUGGUCCUCUGGUCAGGUACCUGGAUGUCAGAAAGACUAAUAAAAAAGAAUCCAUCAAUGAGGAGCUUCAUAUCCGGCUGAUGGAUCAUUUGAAGGCUGGAAUUGAGGAUGUGUGUGGGCAAUGGAGCCACUACCAAGUGAGAGACAAGUUUAAGAAAUUUGAUCAUAGGUAUCUACGGAAAAUCCUAAUUCGAAAGAACCAGCCGAAAUCAAGCAUUGUUUCUCUGUACAAGAAGCUGGAAAUGAAGCAAGCUAUCGAGAUGGUAGAAACUGGGAUUCUAACUUCUACAGCGUUUUCCAUACCCCAUCAGGCCCGGAGGAUACAGGGAAUCAAACGUCUUUCCCCUGAAGAUGUGGAGUCCAUGAGAGACAUUCUGACACACAACAUGUACCAAGUUCGACAAAGGACCCUGUCCUACAACAAAUACAGUCUCAAACCCCAAUCGAGUGACAAGCAGGCUAAAGAGAUUCUGAUCCGCCGUCAGAACACCCUGAGGGAGAGCAUGAGGAAAGGCCACAGCUUGCCCUGGGGAAAGCCGGCUGGCACCAAAAACAUUCGCUACCUCUCCUUCCCCUACAGCCAUCCCCAGGCAGCGAGGAGAGAAGCCGGAGCAGAGGGAUCCGCAGAUGAUGACAGCAGCGAUCCAGGAUUCCCAUCCGUUAUGUUUAGCUCACACUCUCGGACAGGAUCCCUCCAGGAAAGACGACUGACACAGGAAAUGAUCCCAAUGAAGAGCUUCCACAAAGGAGGGAAAGCAUACCACGCUGGCUACCAGAGCAACAGCAGCCGCGAAGUGUAUGACGGCAGAAGCAGGAGGCUGUUUUUGAGGCCCAAGUCCUUGUUCUACGCAGUGGAUGAAGAGUAUGAAUGUGGAGGGGACAUGGAGGAGGAGGAGGCCUCAGCCCUGCGGUCCAGGUGGACCACGGAGUACCGGCACGGCAGGGAAUACCACAAGUCCCACAGUCCUUUGCUCCAAAGAAAAUAGUUCUGUCCAUGGGAUGGCUUCUGUGUCUUCAAGGGUCUUUCUUUCUAUUACUGGGUUGGAAGCAAUUCUAGAGUUCAAAAGAAGAGCUAUUGAAUUUGUUUUGUGAAGCUAUUGGACAGGCACUGUAAGAAUCAGGAAAGAUUUUUUUUUUUUUUAGUCAUAGGACUGGGAGCCCACGUUCUUAUAAUAUUACUAUACUUAGUAAGUAAUCAUGAUAAACAUGUGAUAUGCGCUAAUGAUGAAUUCUUUUAAUAAUUUUGUAAUUAGAAUAUUGAUUUCCAAACAAUUCUGUUGGAGACACUAUAGCCACCACAGUUUGAUAGCUGAUAAGAAUAACAGAUAUGAAUUAAGUGUGCAUGGGAUAUUUUUCUUUUGAGUUUGAGGAAUAUUCUUCAAUUUACAUUUUUAUCUUCAUCAUGCCCAAACUUGACCUUGACCCUCACAGUUAGCUCUUUAAUUUUUACCAAACUUCUUUAUCUCUUCUCCAUCCUUCCUUUCUCUUUCUUUUCUCUCUCUUCUGGUACAGAGGCUGGUAGGGUUCACUAGAAUUUACAAUUGAAAAGCCAUGUAUCAAAGUGAAUCUUCCAAGGUGAACAGAGUGUGCAUCUUUUAGCAAACUAUAUCCACGAAGCAACAGACAUCCAAAUUCCAGGCUUCCCUUCUUCGAGUGGUCCGCAAGGUAUGAAUGAGAGUGUCCUGGUUUUCUCUCAGAAUUCAGAAGAAGGGUGGAGGGACUUAGAGCUAGAUUUCACUGGUAGAAGCUGCUGGGAGAAUUUCCUGCUCAAAUAAAGAAGUGCCUCUGCAGGCAGAGGCAAACACAGACCAAAGAAAGAAGCCAUCAUUCCGGGGACGCUUCCAUAUGAACUAGCAAGCCAAGGUAGAGGUCUGCACUUGUAAUGUGUGCCAGUGGACCCUUCUGUACAGUGACAACUGCCACCCCCACCCACAGAGGAUGCAUUCCAAGACCCUGGGGCCGGGGGGGGGGUGGGUGGGUGCCUGGUCCUGCAGAUAGGACUCUUUUACAUACUUCGUUUUCAUCUAUAGAUACAUAGCGAUGAUUAAAUUUGUAAAAAUAGGCAAGUAAGAGAUGAACAAUAAUUAUAAAUAGAAGAGAAUAAUAAUUAUGAAAACUCAUGAGUUAUUUCUUUCUGGAAUCUUCGAUUUAAUAUUUUUGGACAGCGAUUGACUGUGGGUAACUGAAAUGGUUGAAUUGAGGAUAAGGGAAGACCCAGGCACUGUGAACAGCAAAGGGAAGUGGGAAGGAAAGUCGCAGCCAGCAUCUACAUGCCAGGCUCUUGGCUUA